CUUAGGUCCCUCAGGAUCUUAUCAAUCUUAUUAUAUGUAUUAUUAUUAUUUUCAUUAUUGUUAGUUCUGUAUAUACAUAGAGUAUUACUUGCAGAAGAUAACAAAUCAAAAUAAAUUAAAUAAAAUAAACAAAAUACAUAACCAUACAUGCCUCACUUUUAUCUUUGUUGAGCAUUUUCUCUUCAAGUAUUUUUUUGAAAAUCUUUGUAGCAUGUUACACAUUUUCAUGCCACGUUUACUCCUUUCGCCGAUACACAUCUUUGUUUUAUUAUUAGUUCCAAUCUUUAUCCUAGUGAACAUGCACAUUCCCCUCCGUUCAUACCUGCUCUCUCUAAUCGGAAACAGCUUCCGGAUACAGUCUGCAACCAUCCUGUGCAUUAGUUGCGCCGUUUUGAAACGUCACCAAGUUGCUAAAUUUAAGUGCGUGAGUUUAUAAAUAAUCUAUCGGCUGGUUCAUGAUAUUCUGCUCCGUUAAUGAUUCUUACGCAUGAGGUCACACAAAAGGUGUGAACGGUGAGGAAGUCUGAACACUUUCCGUUUGCACUAAUGUUGUCGUUAGUGUGUGUGUGUGUGUGUAGGUGUCCGUGAGUACAAUCAGGUUGUCAAUACCACACCCACGGAGAAGACCUAUGACACGCCGCCGCUGUGGCUCCAUGAUUCAAAGUGAAAAUGGGAAGUGCCGUCUCCCUGUAGUUUCCUGUCGGCUGCACCCCAACAGCUAUACGUUUACACACACACACACACAUGCAUCUGUCUGCCCCACGCACGCACGCACACAAACACGCGCGCGCACGCCGCCUGACGCCACUGUCGUAUCACGUAGUGGUGACUGCCAGUGGAAAAGAAAAUUUCAUUACUCACACGCCAGUUUCUGCACCUUUCCAACUCUACAAGUGGUUUUCCUGUGUCCUCAGGGAUACGUAUAAAAAAGUCUGCUGCUGCUGCUGCUCUCUGGUCAACGCCGCCGCCACCGCCGCCGCCGCCAAAACGGACCAGGGCAGGAAAUUACAAGAGGUCCUGAGGCAGUUGAGUGAUGUGAAAGACAGUGUGCAGUUCAACGAGAAGAUGCUGAGCUCUCCGCCAGAGAACAUCGAGGACUGCUGCUGUCUGUCGGCACUGGAGUGCUUCCGCGCAAACAUGCAGGUGCAUCUCAACGUCACCGGCAGGAAACUACACAAGCUCCUCAGGAGCCUCAAGAAUCCCCUCACGUUGAGCGGUCUGGACUCGUGCAAAUCCGGCAAUGAUACGCUCACGUGUCAUGACUGCGACUCACAUCCCAAAGUGAACGUCCAGGAAUUCUUCAACCGGCUGGAGUCUCUUAUUCAAAGGGCCAUAAGCAGACUGGUCAUGGACUGAGCAACAGAGAAGACCUAAUUUGAACGACACUGACUGACACUAAGCUGAAAACAUGCUAAUCAUGUAAAAAGUCAACAUAUUCUUGAGCCUUUUUUUUUUACGUAUUUAACUUAUUUAAUAUUUAUUUCGACCGUGUUGGUGAAUUCGCACCCGAGCGAGUGAGAAAUGUAUUUUCAGAAAAAGCUGCUUUGCCGCCACCCAGUGGACUGGACAUGGCAGUUGUUGUAGUUCUCAAAGAAUAUAAUGUAAUGUAUGUAAUGACGUUUUAUACUAUGUAUGAUGUCAUUCUAUUUUUAAAAUUUGAACUUCAUUGUACCAUUUAAAAAUAUAUAUUAAAUCGAUUGAAACAGA